CAGUUAAUGUUUUUAUAAGACAGUGUGUGGUAUUGUUAUUGUUUGGUUGCGACUUCGAAAUUUGAAGUAGUCUUAUAGCAUUUAUGUACAUUUAAAUUACUUAUAUUAUCUUGCCAUAAUGAGUCUGUGUUUCUUAAGAGCAGCAUCACGUCUUCACGAACGUAUUGCUUAUACAAAAUUACUACCGGCGCAUGUAAUUCAAUCCUACAGGAAGCAGCAGUAUGAAAGCUUUUCAUCCCUGUGGUCUACUCCUGUCAGUUCCACAGUUGAUUGUAUAACUACAGCUCCAGUGAAAGAGGCACAUCUAUUCUGUACCCUACACCAUCUCCUUAACAAUUCUCCCAUGGCCUCCUCAUGUUCCUGUCACUCCUUCAUAUUUGGAAUAUGUACUCCUUCUGAUCAGGCAUUGAAGAAAACUGUUCGCAAUGUUUUCACUCGUAAUAUGGCCACUGAUGUACCUGAUGAUAGGAGAUUAAACACUGAGGAGUUAAUGGAUCUCAUCAAAAAGAAGGAAGUUCUGUUAAUAGAUGUAAGAGGCCGAGAGGAAGUGAAACUAACUGUUAGAAUACCUCAGAGUCUUAAUAUCCCAGUGAGUGAAUUUACUACUGCUAUGAAGGUCCCAGAUCAAAUGUUUAAGCAGAAAUAUGGUUUUGAUAAACCAAAACCAGAUGAUCCAGUUGUUUUCAUCUGUACUACUGGAGCAAGAAGUUACAUAGCUCUGAGAAAUGCUCUUCGAAUGGGCUACAAAAACUUUAGUACAUCAGCAUGGUGCCAAGAUGCUCAGAAAACACCUGUAAAGAUCAGUGCAGACAAAGCACUCUCUUAUGAUGACCUUGUAAAUCUAAUAGCCAGAAAAGAACUUUAUUUGGUUGAUGUUCGGGAGCCUCGUGAGCUACAAGAAACUGGAGAACUUCCUGGAAGUGUUAAUAUUCCUUUGACCGAGCUCCAGAGUGCUUUAAAAGAUCUCUCAGAAAAUGAUUUCCAAAAGAAAUAUGGAGCAAAGAAGCCCGGCCUGAAUGCACCUCUGAUAUUUUCAUGCCGUUCUGGAGCAAGAAGCUUAAAAGCCUUGCAACUCGCACUGGAUCUUGGAUACACAAAGGCAAAACACUACAAAGGUGGCUACUCAGACUGGGAAGAGCACACAAAACCAAAAGCCAGCUAGAAAUGACAAUUCGAUGUUGGUACAUGUGAGACUCUGCAGGAAUUUGCUUGAGAGGAUAAAUGCUUCAGAGGAUAAAAUGUAGUGCUUUUUCUAUCUGCCUUAAUAAAAUGCAACUUUUCAUUU